AUGAAAUCCAUUGCAGUGUUAUCGUUCAGUCUGACCCUGGCCGUGAUCUUCUCCGGGGCUCAGUCAGCUACAUUCACAAUAAUAAACAACUGUCCAUACACAAUCUGGCCCGGAACCCUUACCGGCGCCGGAAAGCCUCAGUUGUCGAACACAGGUUUCGAGUUAGCAUCCGGCGCAACACAGACCGUAGCUGCUCCGGUAGGAUGGUCGGGCCGGUUCUGGGCACGAACAGGAUGCAGCACCGACGGAAGCGGAAAGUUCACAUGCGAAACGGCUGACUGCGGAUCCGGUCAGGUUUCAUGCAACGGCGCCGGUGGAACUCCUCCGGCAUCAUUGGUCGAACUCACUCUGGCCGAAAACGGUGGCCAAGAUUUCUACGACAUCAGCCUUGUCGACGGCUUUAACUUGCCAGUCGGGUUAGUGCCGUCCACCGCGUGCCCUAGCACGAGCUGCCCGGCUAAUGUUAACAGCAUUUGCCCGCCGGAGCUGGCGUUGAAAGGGGUAGAUGGGACCGUGGUGGGUUGUAAGAGCGCAUGUUUGGCGUUGAACCAACCUCAGUACUGCUGCACCGGAGCAUAUGGGACUCCGGAGACGUGCCCGCCGACGGACUAUUCGAAGAUCUUCAAGACUCAGUGCCCUCAAGCUUAUAGCUAUGCUUAUGACGAUAAAUCUAGUACUUUUACAUGCACCGGAGGACCUAACUAUGCCAUCACUUUUUGUCCAUGA